AAUGGUGUUCAUCUCCUUUUCCAUUGUUUCCUGUGCCAUGGCUCACUUGAGUUUUGAACAUCACUCCAGUUUCGGCUCCUGUCCUGAAUCAGCUAAAGCAACGGAUGGACGGAGUGGAUAUAACACAGAUAACGUGGUGGGCUUCACGGCUUUGAGUUCCCGGGCAGUCGUGCCCACUAUCUUCCGGAUUUCAGUAAUGGUUGUACGCCACGUCAUCGGAGAAUUCCUCCACGUGCGUCUGAGAAUGUCGACAGCAUUUCUCCAUCGCUUUUCGGCCCUCCUUUUUCACAUGCUUUUCCAGGCCCCCCUCCAUUACUUUCCGCUCUCCAUCCAACCGUUUUUCUCUCCGCUCCAAAAGAAAGAAAGAAAGAGAAAGAAAAAGGUAUUCCUUACGUCUCUCCAUCGAAAUUUCAUCUCUCGACGGAUUUCUCGAAAACAACGAUAUUAUUCUGCUGCAGUUGGAAUUUGCAUCAAAAGCUUCCAUUUUCGUGGGCAUGUAACAGUUCUGGAAUUAUUCUGGGUGGAAAUGUCUUCUCCAAGCAAGAGAAGAGAUAUGGAUGUGAUGAAGUUGAUGAUGAGUGACCAUGCAGUGGAGACUAUCAAUGAUGGAAUCAACGAAUUCAAUGUGGAAUUUCAUGGUCCAAAAGAAAGUCUUUAUGAAGGUGGGGUGUGGAAAGUCCGUGUGGAGCUGCCAGAUGCAUAUCCCUACAAGUCCCCUUCCAUUGGUUUCUUGAACAAAAUAUUCCACCCCAAUGUUGAUGAGCUGUCUGGCUCUGUGUGCUUGGACGUUAUUAACCAAUCCUGGAGUCCAAUGUUCGAUCUUUUGAAUGUUUUUGAAGUUUUCCUUCCACAGCUAUUACUUUACCCAAAUCCUACAGAUCCAUUGAAUGGCGAUGCAGCAUCUUUGAUGAUGAGGGACCAACAACAAUAUGAACAAAAAGUUAAAGCAGAAAAAUCUGUAUCACAUGAUUCUCGGGUCGUUAGUUUGUGCAAGUGGAUCCUAUAGUUUGGUGAGUUAGAGUGUUGUUCUGAUGGGCCGUGGAAGGAUCAUGCCCUAGAUUUCUCCUCCGUUAUUGCCUGCAAUUAGAUGGUUGAUAAAAAGAUACAGUAACUGUCUGUAUUCAAUUGUGAAAAGGCCAAAGAUUAGAUAGCUAAGAUCUACCGAUCUCAAACUUACGGGGCAUGGCUCAUCCACAUUUGAGACCCACUUCUUCAUUUUUUUUCAAGUUCCAUACAUGAUAGAUUUGAUGCAUUAUAUGCACAAGGAAUAUUCCUUCCUGCACGGCUGCACCUUCUCACAUGUAAAUGUGCUGUCUGGGGCUGGGAAAGGGUCCUUCUGGGUUGGCUCAGGGUCAAACUGAGCCCAACCCGUUUACUAAAUGGGCCACAGUAAUCCAUGCUUCAUCCCAAACCACUUAUUAAAAAACUGUAUUUGGUGGGCUUGAAAAAAAUAAAUAUGGGCGUUUCUUAAUAUAUUUCUACACUGGUGGACAGAUGUUGAAUAUUGCCUACCUUUUCUAUAUACCUAAGCAGGUGGGGUUGGGCCAAGGUCAACUCUCGCCUGACCCAUUUACUUGAAUGAGCUAUACUGUCUGCCCGAGCCUAACCCAAAAACCAGCAAGCUCAUUCCUAGCCCAUCUUUUAAGGUUAGCCUGCAUGUUGAUCCGACCCAUUGGCAGCCAUGCAACUAGCUUUUCAGCUAAUGCUAUCUGUGCUGAUGCUCCCAGUUUCUUGCAUGUGGGUCCAAUGGUCUGACGAUCCAGACUGUUGAUUAGAUGAACCCCACUGUGGAUAGGAAUGUCCCAAGAAUCACCGGGACUGGAAGAACUUGAGCUUUCCAUUGGUGACCUAUAUAAGGGCAGUCAAGAUAAAGAACAUAGCAUUGGUCCAAAUUCAACCAAGAAGAGAAGAAAAACCAAAGGGUCGAACCAUGGGGCUAACAUGGGCAGAGCUGGGAGCAUCUAAAAACUCCACAAUGCUGGAUGAGUUCUAUACCAUGUUUCUCAUGACUCUUUGAUGGAAC